CAUUACGUUAUGUUACAAAUCAUUAUGUUAUGAUAUAUAUAUAUUUUUUUGCAAUACCACAGGUCCACAACAAACAUAAAUACGUGUAAUUAUGGAGUUCUUAAUUUGUGUUGAAUGUCUUGAAUCAUGGUAAAGCUGAGUCAAACACCAUUAUUACUCAAGAUUCCAUCCAUCACAUAACUAAUUUGACAAUAUUAUUUUUGACCAAAUUCACAAAAAUAAUAAUGUGCUAUUUUGUGUAAAUUAAAUCCGCCACAAAUAAUUUAUAUAAAUUUGGUACAAAAUAUUAAAUAUUAAUGGAUAAACUUAUCCCUGCGAUUUCAAUUUUUCGAAACCGAACCAAACCGUUGAUUUUUGGUUAACCGAAAUUUUGAAAACCAAUUACAAAAUUAACCAAAUAAAUUUCGGUUCAGUUACCGGUUAAUUUCAGUUUUCAAUUUUAUUUCUAAAAAUAAUUGAUUUUUUGGUUUUCGGUUAAUUAUGGUCUAAUUUUCUAAAAACAUUAGACAUUUUCGGUUAAAAUCGGUUAUUUUGGUUAAAUUAGGCAAAAUAACCGGAACCGAAAAACCGAACCGGAACCGAACCAAAAUACCUGAAACCGGAACCGGACCAAUACCCUCAAAUAUCCGAACGGUUCCUAUAUUUUUAUAUCUAAAAUAACCGAACCGAACCGGAACCGAACCGAGAACCAAACGGAUACCCGAAUAUAUAAAAAUAUAAUUAUAUAUACAUAUAACAUAACUAAAUAUAUAUUUUUAAUUUAAAAUUCUAUUAAAAAUAUCUGAAAAUAGUUGAAGAUAACUAAAUUAUUAUAAAGUAUCCGAACUAUCCGAAACUAUCCGGAUAGUUUUAUCCGAAAUAUCUGAAAUAUCCAAAGUAGUCCGAAAUAUCCGAAAUUUUUGUCUAAAUCAUUCUAAUUAUUUGAUAUUUUACCCUAAAUAACCGAUAUUUUAUCCAAAUUAUCUAAACUAUCCGAACUAUCCGAACCCGAACCGAAUCCAAAUGAGAACCGAACUUUUUUUGGAUAUUUUCUGGAUCUUACAUUUACUAUCCGAACCGAACCCGAAACUAUCCGAACCGAACCGAACCGAAAAUAUGUCAAGUACUAAAUGAAUACUCUAGCUCUUAUCCGAACUACCCGAACCCCGAAAUACUCGAACCGAACCGAACCGAUACCCGAAAUGCCCAUGCCUAUUUCGAACCAUCCAAAAACCACAACACUUUAAUGUAAACCAAGACAAUAACUAUAACAGAAUUUUAUUGCUGUCAAGAAAAAAACAAGUAAAAACAAUGAAAAUAAACUGAAGGAUAAUAGUAGCAUUUUUGAUAUUAAGAAGGAAAAAGAAAAAAGCGAAAAGAAAAAAAAAAAACGGAAACCAAGAAUCCAUGAAAAUAGGUCAGUCCAGUAGUUAACACAUAAUGAGGAAAUUAUCGUUACAAAAAAUCCGAAAUUGACGUUACGUUACUUUCCUCUUCAUCCUCAGUCUCCAUUGAUCUUGAAACACCAGUUGAUAUAUCACAAUAUGGAUGUGUUCUUCGAGGUACAAAGAGGCCCAACGUUCUGCAUUGAACUAGGUUACUGGGACACAGUGCUAGAGAUCAAACAAAAGAUCGAAAAGUAUCAACGUAUCCCUGUCUCCAAACAAACCCUUUUCUUCCAAGGCAAGGUUCUCCAAGAUGAUCACGACAUCGAACAAUGUGCCAUUCUCAACAACUCUCAUCUACAGAUUAUCAGCUCUUCACCAGGCACCGACCAACACCGCAACAGCAAUCAAGUGCUCAAAACCGAGCAAUCUCCACCGUCAAACUCAACAGAACCGAUCAUUAACGGUCAAGAUUUGCCUGUGAUGAUGGCUAGGACCAACAACAACAAUAACAACCCUAAGAAGCUGAGAGUGAUGGUGCUGCCGAAAAGCGGGACAAUGAAGAUUCCGGUGGAGGUGAACGCGAGUGACAACGUGGGAGAGCUGAGGAAGGAGUUGGUUAAGAUUCAACAGAGGUUUCAGAUAAGUCUGCCGCAAGAAGGUUAUUUCUUUAUAUACAAACAAAAUGUGAUGGAGGAUGACCGGUCAUUCCGGUGGCACCGUGUUGAUCAUGGUGAUACGAUUGAGAUUUUCAACGGAAGUGUUUCUGGUGGUUCUUAGAUCUGAACAACCUUCUCCUUCCUCCUCAUAGCUUUGUUAUUCAAGUUAACUUUUUGCUAUCUUCCAAAAUUAUCUUUUGUUUUCACAGCUUUCUGCAACUAAAAGACAUUACUAAUAAGAUAACAUUUGAUCUGAAAAACAGGAACUUGUUGUUAUUGACCUACUUCUUGGUAAAAUAGGUAAAAUCAUGCACGCUUCAAUUUGAGCUUUGAAUAGUGUUUGAAAAGGCUUUUCUAUCGGAUGAUCUAAUCGACAAACAUUAGUUGUUUUAUAUAAAAAAGUUAUUGAUAAUCUUUAGUUAAGAGGUAUAAGAUGAAAAGAUUUUCAAUCAAAUGUAAAAUAUUUGGUCGAACAAAAAGGAAAAAAGCUUGUUCAUGUCAAGGGAACUCGCUCCCAGAGAUAUUGGGAUACUUUUUGUAUCCACAAGCUAAAAAAGCUGGAACUUUGCGUGUGCUACAAGAAACAAAUAGGUGCUGAACCUUUGAGGUUAUUUUUUCAGAGUGAAGAAGAAAGAAUCUUAACGAGGAGUGAUAGUAUUGGUCAAAAGAUUAUCUGUAGAACAGUCGCUGUUUUGAAUGAUAAUCCAUGGACUAAUGUGUUCCGAUUCAGGUAUGUUCAUGAAGAACAAUCCAGGUGAUGUAGGCACAUGAAAUGUAACGGAGCUAUAGGUGAUCAUCUGGAAAUUGAAUCUAAUGACUCCUCACAGUAAUAAUCUGCCAAAUUCACAUAAGCUGUUGUAGACAAGAACUUAGGACACAUGUGUAACCAGAUUACAAACUGAGCUAUCUAUUUAAUAGAAACUGCUACACAGUGUAGCCUACACUUCUUGCCACUAACAAUCUCAAGAACCAAUACGUCUUGUCCAAUCUAGCUUCCUCUUUCAGACGCAUCUUUCGUACUUCUGUUUGGAAAAACAACAUAAAGCCCCCUCCUGUCAGAAGUACUAUCAACAAAUAAAAUCAUUCGACAAGGCUUUCAUUGACUGAAUAAACCCGAUAUCUUAAAUACGAGACAGGCCCAAACAAGGUCCGUUGAUGUGUAAAUUAACUUAAAUAUUUAGACCCAUUUGCCAAUUUGAUACCAAAAUCAAGCAAAUAUCCUUAACCACUAAAAAACAAAAUUAUUUUCAGGAAAAGUUCUUAAUUUGAAACUCAAAACUAAAAACCCCAUUUGCCAACUUGAUACCACAAUCAUGGAAAUAUCCAAAACCACUAAAAAAUCAUAAACAUUAUGUUAUUUUCAGGAAGAUUCCAUUAUUUUUAAAUUAAUUAAAAACUCCACUUGCAUUAAAAAGGAAAAAUAAAGAAAAGAAAGAUAAUUGGCACGGUUCAAUUAUUGGCAUUUUUAGCUCCACCGUUGAUUUAAAAUAAAAGAAAGAUAAUAAUAGCAUCGAUCUUAACGAUCC